AUGCCUUCUUGCACUAUGUAUGCUCCAGUUAUUCAACAGGCAGCAUCUCUGGAGACAUUGCCUCCGGAGGUUUUGCUUCCUAUCGUCAAGAACCUUCCUGGCCUCGACACACUUUGGUAUCUUAUGAGGGCAUCCCCUCAUGUAUGGCGCCUCUUCAACGACCAUGAUGUUGCCAUUGUUAACACUAUACUCUACGGCCCCAACGCGAUUCUUACACCCGAGAUUGCAAACGCUGUGCGUGCUGUCUUACUUGUACGCUCAAAUGCCCACCCAUUUCGGAACCUUUACGAUCUACAAAUCCGCUUCCUGCGGUCGCUUUUCCCUCGAUCAACAUUGGGUGAUUCGGGAAGCAAUCCAGAUCCUAUCCUUGUUGACCGUGAGAUGAUAUCUGCAGCGGCGCCUCCCACGGUGGUCGUUCGAUCGGUUGUUGCAACAGCCGCCCACAUAAAUGCUCUUGCUCAAGCCUUUCUUACAUCAUGUCUUCAACGACUGCGAGAUCCUGGCUUCAGACCACUACAUCUUGUUAAUCCAGAUGAUCGCUACACUAGCUUAUACAGACCCGAUCCAGAUGGAAAACGCGUUCGGGCUUGGGACCAAGUGUUCGAGGGCGAACCUGUCAAGGUGACUGACGCGGGUCAACCCACAUGGGUAGAGGAGAUGCGAGCUGUACGUGCUCUAUGGGUUUUACAGCUUAUUGGCGAGAUCAAGAGCCAGAAGGAAAGCUUGGGAUGGUCGACGGAAGAUUGUGAGAAACUCGGUCGUAUGGAAGCUGCUGACUUUGCCGGUGCUGUUGAAGGCAACCCGGCUAUGGCGUCUGAAGAGGUCAGAUCUGUGAUGGACUAUCUGGGGACGCUUGAGGAUCUAGCUCAAGAUACGUAUUGCCGUUUACCCAGACCUCCCAUGUUUACGAGAUGGAUUACAGCGACACCCAACCUCAGCCCUCAGUUUGCAAAGGUUACCCAUCGCCGUAAAAACGGCAGUACUUUCACCCGGAUUGAGAAAACCGAGGACUAUAGCUGGGGCCGGACCAAGGAGAACCUGGGAUACGACGCGCCCGGCAUGUCCAUCUUCAAAAGUCUCAGCAAGCCUCGCCACCACCCCACCGGCGGUGCAUCCCCAAUCGAAGGUGUCAAGUUCAACUCGUUCCGCCCUCUCGGCUUUGCCUUCUGGGACGCAUGGAGGAUGUAUCUUUUGGGCAUGCACUCGCCAGUUGGUAAACAUUGGUAUGGGAAUGAUACAUUCUAUUUCUUCGCCUGGGAAAGUGUCUUGCCUUAUGAUGAGGUUGCAAGUAUAAAAGCCGGACUGAGAAAGAGAUGGAAAGAGGAGCUGGAGGAGCGCCGAGAAGCACAGCGUGCAAGCUGA